UACUGCAGACUACUCAAACGAACAUUUUCUCUAUAAAGUUAGAUAAUGUUAAAAUGUAACAUUUAUUUGUUGCACAUACGUUUCGCGAAUAAUGAGCAACAGUCGCAGUCGUGAAUGCAGCUUGUUCCCGAGUUGUUAUGAUGGUGACUCUGGCGGAGGUGUUGAGUCUCCUGCUGGUUUCCGUGUUAUGGGGCUGCACAAAUCCUUUCCUGAAGAGAGGCACGGAGGGUAUCGAACAGGUGUCCAAGUCCAAUAAAAUCUAUCAGUUCCUGGCUGAGGUCAAGUUUCUCUUCUUUAACGUCAAGUACUUAAUCCCUUUUCUACUGAACCAGAGUGGCUCAUUGGUCUACUAUUACACACUUUCCACUACAGACUUGUCAUUUGCUGUUCCUGUGGCAAACUCUCUAACCUUCCUAUGGACUCUGCUAACUGGCAAGUUGCUGGGUGAAGAUUUUGGAGGAAAACAGGCUGUUGCUGGACUGUUGCUCACCAUGGUUGGCAUCACUUUGUGUGUCAUAAGCUCCAUGGCGGACACUGGCUCUCAGGCUCAGCCCUGAUGGCUACUUUCAAAUUUAGCCGAACCAUUUGUCACUUAAAAUGUAAAAAAUGUAAAUAUCAAUUUCUGGCUCACGAGGAGAUGUGUUUUUAUCAUUUACUGAUUUUAAAUAGUUUAAACAGGAGCAAAACCACAAAUAAACUAUCAUAGGGUUUGGCAAACUCAGGGUUGGGGGCCCAAAAUGGAUCAUGGGUCAUUUUUUUGAGUUUUUUUUUUUAAUAAGAAUGCAUAAUCAAUACAAAUUUCCCCACUGAGGGACGAAUAAAGGCAUAUCUUAAGGCAUAUCUUAAUAAUAAAGAACACAAAAGACACAAAUAUGAAUCGCAAAGCCCAUUUGAAUAUUCAUUCAUUCAUUCAUUUUCUACCGCUUUUCCUCAUGAGGGUCGCAGGGGGUGCUUGAGCCUAUCCCAGCUGUCUUCGGGCGAGAGGCGGGGUACACCCUGGACAAGUCGCCAGCCAAUCACAGGGCACAUAUAGACAAACAACCAUUCACACUCACAUUCUUCAUACCUAUGGACAAUUUGGAGUGGCCAAUUAGCCUAGCAUGUUUUUGGAAUGUGGGAGGAAACCGGAGUACCCGGAGAAAACCCACACAUGCACGGGGAGAACAUGCAAACUCCACACUCCACAGAUGGCCAAGGGUGGAAUUGAACCCUGGUCUCCUAGCUGUGAGGUCUGCGCGCUAGCCACUCGCCCGCCCACUUUUCUAAUCUUAUGUUCUUUCAUUUUUUUUAUGACAAAUGUAUUUAUUUUUGACCAUUUAGGUUGUAUUUUAUAUGUUCUAUUUCAUGAUGCUGUAGAGCACCGAAGUGCACAAUGAAUAUAACUUAUAAUUUUGGGCUCCAACCCUUGUUUGGAAAAAUCCUGUCUAUUAAACAUUUUCAAGAAAUAUUUUGAACCCAAUAAAAUAGCAUUAAAAAUAAUGCUACAACAAUACAAUGAAAUGAAGGAAUCAACUUUUAUCCUAAAAUAAAAAAGCUUGUUAUUUAAGUCGAAGUUUCCUGGUCAGAAGGCGGUUGGCAUGCUUAGAGCUCAUUAACAUUCAAGGAGCGACUCCUAAUGUAGAACAAUAUUUUUCUCCAAAACAAACCAGGCAAGACAUGUCCAGGGAGGCGAGUUCAUGCAGGGUUCACUCCCACAACUUGACUGAAUUUAUGGAGCUCCUAUAGAAACGUCCUUGCCUAUUAACUUUGCACUUUUUACGCACUCUGAGACUCUGAAACUGUGUGACCCAACUGGGCUUUGAGGCCUUCGGGUGCUACAUACCGAUGAGGAUGCCACCUUCUGGGUGGUUUUACCUGCAGUGUGGUUAGGAGGAGCAACACACCUUUGUUUAAAUACGCUUUUUUCUCCUACUGAUGCAUGGAAAUGGGUGUUAAAAUGUCCACAGAAAACAUCAUAAUCAGUCUUUCAGUUUUCUUGAUGCCAUAUUUUAUUAUUAAAACUGAUAUAUAAUUGUAUAUGAAUUGGUGCUUCACUUAAAAUGAGCUAUAUUGAACGUAUUGAACACUCACCAGUCGUAUAGUUAGUGGGCCACUUCCUUGUGUGUGUAAAAUUACAUAAGAAAGGGGUGUCCAAAGUCCAGCCCGGGGGUUGUUUCUUUAUCAUGUUGUCGAAAAAACUCAAAUCAAAGCGAAGAAUGAAUGAAUGAAGCUGAAACAAUGAUACUAAUAAUUCAUCAUUUGUGUUUUGUCGUAAAAUAUAUAUACACUACUAGUCAUAAGGUUUACAACAACACAGUUUUCCCAGUUAUUUAUUGAAAUUCUAGUCGUUCAAGUCCAAUCAAUAGCCUGAAAGGGUACAAAGGGUAAGGUUACCCACAACUGAAAAAUAAUGUGUAUUUAUUGAUGCCAAAAUAGAUCAACAUUUUAAAGCGGUUCUGCAGAAGCCUCGUCAGUUGGUGCAAUUACGGCAUUGUACUGGAGAAAGUCAUUUUUGCUUCCAAAAUGGCAAGAAAGAAGGGAAUUAUCAAAGGAAGAGAGACAGACCAUCUUAACACAUACAAAUUUAGUUAUAUUAAAUUUAGACAUAUUAGAGUGAAACGUCACUGACAAUAUCUACAUGUAAAUGAAUGUUGAGAAAAAGAUUUAAUGCAAUACUUUUAAUUUCUUGUUCAUUCAUACUGUCAGGAAGUCAAGAAUGCACUUCCUGUUGCCUUUGUUCUACUUUGUAUAGACAUUUUAAUAACAAAAAAAUAAGGAAAACAAUAUUAACGAUACUUGUCCAGCACAGAAAGAGUAGUUACUAUGAUGAUGUUACAUCUUGAGUUAAGCCCUCUCCCUGGUGGUGGUUCUGUGUUACUGCAUCUAAUGGCGCUGUGUCUUUUAGAUCCUCCUGCACAAUACAGUGGACAUGAAAUAGCCACAGUAUAUAUUUUUUAAAACACUAAUUUUGCAGACAACCUUAAUACCUUUUCAUUCCGAUGCUGUGAGUAGUUUUCCUGGAUGUCGCUGUGAGAAUUGGGCGAGGACAAAGCCAUCUUGUUGAACUCCUUGAGUGGAGACAUGAGUAUUAGAGCAGGGGUGCUCACACUUUUUCAGCAUGCGAGCUACUUUUAAAAUGGCCGAGUCAAAAUGAUCUAUCCACUACAAAAAUGCAAAACAUCUAUUUAUUUUCAAAUGUAUUGAGGAUUAUUUGUACGUACAAUGUAUGUUGAUGUACCUUACAUAAUCAAAUGAGCCAAUAUUGCAAAACACACAUAAUUAACUAUUAAUUUUUUUUGUAAUUACCUGAGUUUACUUUGAUGACUUGCACUGAAUUGAACCCGCCAGGGAUGCAUAGUCCGGACAGUAGCUGCUGAUAGCCAGCCUCAAGCACACUUCCAAAUGUUUAUCAGUCAUGGAUAAUAUCCGUAUCACAAUAUCCGUAUAAUAUUCCAUAUCCGUAUGGAAGUGAUAUGUUUUUUGCCUUUUUACUUGGUCCAGUUUUUGCCUUUUUACUUGGUCCAGCUCCUUCACUCAUUUUAGUGACCAUAAACUUUAGCGAGGGCUUAAAAUCUCGCAAUUCGCCGACUAGCUUAGCACUUUGCAUCGUUGUUUACGCAUGAGCGGUGACCUAAAGGUCAAAAUUCAGUUGUCAUCUGACUGGUUGUCCUGUAUGUCAAUCAAGUAACGGGGAUGGAUGAUAGGCUGACAUCGUAAGUUCUGCUGCACUUAGAGACGUUGUUUGAUUUGAUUGGUGGCCCGAAGGGCAACAUUCAGUUGUCAUCUGAAUGGCUGCCCUGUAUAUCAAUCAAGUGACGGCAUUGAUGCUAGGAUGAUAUUUUUUUAAUGUCACGCCGCGAUCGACCAGCGAUCGACCAGUACCACCUCCGCGAUCGACCGGUAGCUCGCGAUCAACUUAAUGAGCACCCCUGUAUUAGAGUCUCUAGUUGCAAAUAACAGUGUGCAUAUUUGUGUAUCUGUACCAAAUUUUCAGUGUUAAACUCCUCUUCUUUAUUUUGUAUUAUCAUCUUUUCCGCUUGGUCAGGGUCAGAUGGCAGCAAAACCUAUAAAAGGACAAAACAUACAAAAUGGGAGGAGUCUAUUCAAUGCAGAAACUCAACAGUACACUUGUGUCCGACCUACUUUUAGUGUGUCGUGCAGCACAUCAUUUGCGUUGUUCAGCUCUUCAUCCUCCACUAUUUCUGCAAUUCUCUUUAGAAUAAAUGACAAAUAUACUUAUUUUAUCAUUUAUAAUAAUAACAAACUCAUAAGCCAUGGUACACAGACACAUGCGAGUGCAGAGUACUAUAUACAUCAUCUAUAGCAGGGGUCUCAAACACGCGGGCCAAAUGGGGCCCGCAGGACACUAGUUUGAGGCCCCUGCCUUGAUAUGAAAGUUUAAUGUUAGUGCGGCCCUCGCAAGUUUGAUAUGGAUGCUGUAUGGUAUCAUGUACCCAGAAAAAAUUAUUACGUUUGAUUAAUGUUCAUGUUAAAGGUUAAAUAACUGUUAAUAGUUAUCCUCCCUAUCCGUGUGGAAGUGGUAAGUUUUUGGCUAUUUAAGUUUAAAGGAAAUAACUUGAAGGCUACCGUUUAGGUCGCUAGCUCUCU